GUUUCCGGUCUGAGCUUUGGUGAAUGAUUUCCCCCGGGGCGGUGCUGGACCUCUCUGCGACCCACCUGAGUCCGCGAUCGCACCGCCCAAGCCGGCAAGCCUGCCAGCGCUGCCCCGGCACCCGGGACCAUGGCCACGGAUUCUUGGGCCCUAGCGGUGGAUGAGCAGGAAGCCGCGGCUGAGUCGUUGAGCAACUUGCAUCUUAAGGAGGAGAAAAUCAAACCAGAUGCCAAUGGUGCUGUUGUUAAGACCAAUGCUAAUGCAGAGAAGACAGAGGAAGAUGAGAAAGAGGACAGAGCUGCUCAGUCGUUACUCAACAAGCUGAUCAGAAGCAAUCUUGUGGAUAACACCAACCAAGUGGAAGUCCUGCAGAGGGACCCAAGCUCCCCGCUUUACUCGGUGAAGUCCUUCGAAGAGCUCCGCCUGAAACCACAGCUUCUCCAGGGAGUCUAUGCUAUGGGUUUCAACCGCCCUUCCAAAAUACAGGAAAAUGCAUUGCCUUUGAUGCUUGCUGAACCCCCACAGAACUUAAUUGCCCAGUCUCAGUCUGGUACGGGGAAAACAGCUGCCUUCGUGCUGGCCAUGCUCAGCCAGGUGGAGCCUGCAAACAACUACCCCCAGUGUCUCUGCCUCUCUCCAACCUAUGAGCUUGCUCUUCAAACAGGAAAAGUGAUUGAGCAGAUGGGCAAGUUUUACCCUGAACUGAAGCUCGCUUAUGCUGUUCGAGGCAACAAAUUGGAAAGAGGUCAGAAGGUGAGUGAGCAGAUUGUCAUCGGUACCCCCGGGACCGUCCUGGACUGGUGCUCCAAGCUGAAGUUCAUCGACCCCAAGAAGAUCAAGGUGUUUGUUCUGGACGAGGCUGAUGUGAUGAUAGCAACUCAGGGCCACCAAGACCAGAGCAUCCGCAUCCAGAGGAUGCUGCCCAGAAACUGCCAGAUGCUGCUUUUCUCUGCCACCUUUGAAGACUCAGUGUGGAAGUUUGCCCAGAAGGUGGUCCCGGACCCCAACAUCAUUAAGCUGAAGCGGGAGGAGGAGACUCUGGACACCAUCAAGCAGUACUAUGUCCUUUGCAAUAACAGAGAGGAGAAGUUCCAGGCCCUGUGCAACCUGUAUGGGGCCAUCACCAUCGCCCAAGCCAUGAUCUUCUGUCACACCCGCAAAACAGCGAGCUGGCUUGCAGCAGAGCUCUCAAAGGAGGGCCACCAGGUGGCCCUGCUGAGCGGAGAGAUGAUGGUGGAGCAGAGGGCUGCCGUGAUCGAGCGCUUCCGAGAAGGCAAAGAGAAGGUUCUGGUGACCACCAACGUGUGUGCCCGUGGUAUCGAUGUCGAGCAGGUGUCUGUGGUCAUCAAUUUUGACCUUCCUGUGGACAAGGACGGGAACCCAGACAAUGAGACCUACCUGCACCGCAUUGGGCGCACAGGCCGCUUUGGCAAGAGGGGCCUGGCAGUAAACAUGGUUGACAGCAAGCACAGCAUGAAUAUCCUCAACAGAAUCCAGGAGCAUUUUAAUAAGAAGAUAGAAAGAUUGGACACAGAUGAUUUGGAUGAGAUCGAGAAGAUAGCCAACUGAGGAGCUUCUCCUUGGGCUGGCGCCACCCUCAGCGCUCCCUGCCUGGGAGUCUAGUGCUUUCAUGGCAUAGGCCCUGACAGGCACCUCAGAGACCACGGUCUGAGUAGAGACUACCUACCUCAUUCGGAAUUACGUUUGGACUUAACAGAAAUUUGUACAAAUGAUGAGGGAUGGUAGAAAAUUUGUUUACACAACUUUGGAAGAUUAGGCAUGAAUACACAGAAAUUUACCUUUUACAAAUCCCGUCUUUUUUUUUUUUUUUUUUUUUUUUGGACAGUAUUUUCCCAUCGUUACACUGAUCUAGAUAAUACACCAAGGAUUCCUUAUGACAAACCUUAGCUCUUUGUGACUUGGAGUGUGCAGGCCAGCCUUAUGGAAGUGACAGCACAAAACAUAGAGCAGAUAGAGGCAGAGCCCCCAGGUAGAAGGAUGUACUGAGGUACUGGAGUUGGCCUAUGGACUGCUGCUUAGGACUUGGUGUGCAAUGGCUAAGCUGAAUGUUACCAGACCCCUGCUGACAGGAAAAGAUUUGCCAUGUUGGACCACAAUGCCUUUGGGCCUCUCCAUUAAGCUUUGUGCUUCAGGAUCAUGGGCAAUCUAUAUGCAGUGCAAAUCUGGUUAUUGGUUAGUUCUUAGUUCAUACUUCAGCAAGACCUGUGGAGCAGUUGUCAAGGAGGAUUAGUGGUACCUCUGACUUACCAUAAUACCUGCGUCAUGAGUACUUGAACCAAAGUUUUUCCAUCUGUAACAUCACUUUGACUGUUAGUCCCAGGCAAAUAAGAGGGUACCUGAAGUUUGGCUUCUGAGUGAGUACUGUAGCAUAAAUUUCUCAUGAGCAGGCAGCCUCUGUUAGAGCACGCUAGCCACGGUCAGCAGUUGCCAAAAAUCCUUGCUUUGUUUGCAGUUUCCAAAUGACCUGUCAGAGCUAAGAGUGAUUAGAGACAUUGGGCAUCGUGAUUCUGAAGGGAUUCUGAUGGUCUGUGUCCACAGUGCCUGGAAUGAAUACAAGUCAGCGUGAUGGGCAGGAUGGACCACAGCCGUCUGUCUGUCCAAGGCGAGUAGUCACCAAGCAUUUGCUCUUUUUUCCCUUAACACCUGUCAGUAAAAGCAAACAAUAGGAACUGAAUUCCUCACACUGACUAGGCCAUCGAUACCCUCAGAGUGAUGGCAACUUGGAAGGACCAUGAAGCAUCCUCUUCAGUUCUGUGACUUGGACAUGGCGUGAUUCCUCUCUCUAGGGUUUGUUUUGUUGCAUGCAUGUUUUGUGCUGGGCCUCAAACCCAGAGCUUUGCCUUCUGCUACGUAAGCCCGUUACACUGAACUUUUAUUCCCAGCCAUGGCAGAGGAAUGUUGUAGUGAGGGGUAUUCUUUUUUUUAGGGGGAGGGGUGAGGGCUAUUGAUCUGUGUUCCUGUAUCUUAAGGCCAGCUCUGUCCCCUGAGAAAGAGUGCCAUGGCUACUGCCUGAUGGUGACUCAUUGUCAAAGAGAAACCAACAGUCUACCAGUUCUCCCCUCCUCCAGUGGGUAUUUGAAUAGAAUUCUGUGUCCUCCUAGCCAACUUAGAUCUAUCUUAGGAGUCUUAAAAGGAGAGAAUAAACUUUUUCUCUCAAAAUACUGUGGACCAAACUUGAAAUAACUGAAAACAAGGACUGCAGUUAGAGAAGUAGGUAGACUCUUCCCUGAGUCUGAGGAGGAAAAUGAUGAAGACAAGCCACAGCCUCUCCAUGGCUUCUGGUGGAAGUGUGGAUCAGCCCUCCUAACCUAGUGUCCUGCACCUUGGAGAAUUUACUGGACAGGUUUCAUGGUGGCUGUGAAGUAUAUACAUUAGUUUAAGGUUUAAAACCUUCUUAGGAAGACUCCCAAAAGAUUAUCCACCUUUUAAAAAGGUGGAGUCCUACAUUGUGGGCAGCUCUGACAUAUCAAGUGUGUGUCAUGUGGACUAUAUUCCUUCACAGCCCACACUUGCUCCUGUCACCACCUUUCCCCCAGGCCAGGUUAGCACUGACAGGAGCCUUAACAUAUUGAGCUUACAGAGCCUUGGCCCCAGGGACUUGAUUGAUAUCAAUAAAGUUAUGUAUCUAUGAAGUUAUAAAUUGAGCUCUCUGACAUGGGAGCUCAGGGAAAGAAGAGAGAAGCUCAGGGAAAGAAAUACGUUUAUCUAAUGAAAAUUUUUGUGAUGUUCAUUAUCCACAAACAGAUUUAUAUUGGAUUUUUAUUCUUUGACAUCAAACUUAAAGUUCUGCCUCAGUUUCCAGAGUGCUAGAAUUACAGGUGUGUACUAUCGUGCCAGACUGAGGUAUUUUUGUUCUGAGUAUCAUUUAUUGGUUAUAUGCAUGCAUAAGAUCUGCUAAGUUGUUGAGACAUGGUCUUUUAGGGAUUUGGGGGUUUUUUUGGUUUGGUUUUUUUUUUGUUUGUUUGUUUGUUUUUUUGAGACAGGGUUUCUUUGUGUAUCCCUGGCUGUCCUGGAACUUGCUCUGUAGUAGACCAGGCUGGCUUUUUGUUUUGUUUUGUUUUUGUUUUUGUUUUUGUUUGAUUUUUUUUUUUUUUUGAGACAGGGUUUCUCUGUAUAGCCCUGGCUGUCCUGGAACUCACUCUGUAGACCAGGCUGGCCUCGAACGCAGAAAUGCCCCUGCCUCUGCCUCCCAGAGUGCUGGGAUUACAGGCAUGCGCCACCACCAGCCGGCUCCAGACUGACUUUAAACUCCAAGAUCCACCUGCCUCUGACUCCUGAGUGCUUGGAUUAAAGGUGUGCACUACCCUGCAAAAUAUAGUUUUUGCUGGUGUUAAUUAUGAAGUGUUCGUGUUACUGAGACAGUAAUGAUUAUAAGAAGGAAAUUGCAUCUUGUAGUUGUUGAUUUAUAAAGUAAAGGUAAUACCACCUUUGACUAAUAUUAGUCUAUGUCAAUUGAUACUGUUCUGACAUGAGCAGCGAGGGAAUCUCCAUAGAACCAGGAUUCUGCUUAAUUGCCAGACGUUCUCGCGCGCGCGCGCGCGCGCGCGCGCGCACACACACACACACACACACACACACACACACACACACACACACACACACACACACACGCACCACCCCUCUUUAAUAAAACAGGAUGAUUUUGGUCCCUGCUUGUAAAGUCCAUGUGUGGCUGCAUCCUCCAGGAGUGACGGUGUACACCAGUCAGUCCCAGCAUUAGCAAAACUGAGGCAGAGGGAUUUGAGUUUAAAGUGAGCCUGGGCUGCAUAGAUCCUGUCUCAACAAACAAAACAGACAAUCUGAGCAUGGGAGUUCAUGCCCAUAAUUCUGGCAUCUGUGAUAUGAAAGCAGGAACUUCAGGAGUUCAGUGCUAACUUAGGCUACAAGAGGUUGGGUCAGGGCAUUCCACCUGGAGAUAGAUCUUUCCCAUUUGUUAUGAAAUCAGUGUCCAGGACUGGUAUAAAGAUUUCCAGAGGCUAGAGAAAGUUGAAUAAAGGAGUAGGGUUUGUAUAUGAGGAAGCAGUCUUGUGACAAGAUUACCAUGGAAAGGGAUCGUCCCCAGGUACAAAGAGAAUUUGAGGUUAGUCUGGCCUACAUUAAUUAAGCCCUGUCUCAGAAAGCAAAAGACUAAAAAGUACUAAGUACAGUCAUGCUUCUAAUAAUUGUAGCACUCAGGAGACUGAGACAGAAUUGCUGAGUUCAAAGCCAGCCUGGGUUACUUAGAAAUAGGCCAGCCUUAGCUAUGUUUGUACACUUGAAGUCAAGUUGACAAAGGUAAAAGAGAUAUCCUGGGAACACAGAGCUCAGGUGGCCAUGUGUGGGAGAGGAAAGUCAGGGUUCACAGAAUAAAAUGUUGCUACUGCUGUUGUUGUUGUUGCUGCUACUGCUAUUCAGUUUUUGUUGUGCUUGGGAUAGGGUCUCUGUAACACAGGCUGGCCUCUGGGUGCUGGGAUUCUAAGCAGGAGCCACGAGCCACUAAGACCUGGUGACUAACUUCUGACUGUAUCCCAGUCCAGUGUACUGCUGUGACAGGAUGGCCAGGGUUGGGUAGUCUGAGAACAGGUGAGCCUGCAGGCCUGGAGGCUGAGCAGUCAACCUCAGAGCAUUAGCAGCACAAUGAGCAAUUCUGAAAUCAGUGUUGCAAAAUUGGCUUUCUGCUGUUGGAGGAGGGAAUUGGCCUGCCAGUCUGCUUUGCCCACACCACCUGAGGUAAUGGUGAAGGCUCAUGGACCCUCAAGUUUCUCUGGGAGACACCAGAUUCUUGGGAACUCCUUACAAGUUUACAUGGCUUUGCUUCUCUGCCUGGGAAUAACUAUCCUGUGUUCUGUUACCUGAGAAUAACUAUCCUGUGUUCUGUUGACUGGCUCUUAUGGUAUCUUUUAUAAAGGACCCUGGGGCAUGAAAUUAACCCAAGAAACUUAUGCUGAGGCACAUACAUUGCUUUUCUUAUCCUUAGAUGACAUAGGGCUUUUCCAGAACAGCUUGAAACCUUAGUGUGAAGAUGCAGACACAUGUUUUUCUUGGCCUCCAAACUGUCCAGGCUUUAGAAUCUGAAGGGGCAGGGAGGUGGGUGCUCUGUCAUAGUUUCAGUCAUUAAGUGGGGAAUGACUAAAAGAUGGAGGAAGGUAUGGUGGCACACAGCUGUAAUCCUAACAAUUGCAGGUUGAAACUUUUGAGUACUGUUGGGGCUCCAGAGGUCUGGACUGUACAGUGAGAUCAUGUCUCAUCAAAAUUAAAAAGUUAGGUCAGGCUUUACAGUGAUGCCUAACACACCUGCUGUAAAGGAACCAUGUCUCCCCUUUGCCUUAGCUACAGUUAGUGAACAGAGACAAGGGUGAGUGAGCAGAGCUUUUUGUGUCUUUUUGAGCCCAGAACUGCAGCUAGCUUUUGCCAAGGUAAGAAAAAGCUUUCCCUACAAGACUGCUAUUGUUAAGUGUGUUUUCCCCAUUCCAAUUUGUCAAGUUAAGAACAGCUGACUGAGUGUAAGUUGUAAUUAUUCCCUGAGGGCAAGCCUCCCCUUUACUCUUGAGGGAACAGGUCAAGUUAUGUGGCCAGUUAAGCCUUUGGUUUGAGUUUUGUAUGUGUGUGCGUUCAGUUCAUUUUGUUAUCUGACAGCAGUAGCUGCUAAAUAUGUGUAGAAAUUAUCAAGAUAUGGCUAGUGAGAUGACUGGUUAUUGCAGAUCCAGUCCCUCAUGGUAGGAGAAAACUAGCUAGCCUCAGGGAGUUGUCCUUAGACCUCAUUAGUGGGACAAUGGUGCAUAGCCACACACAAAUUUUAUUUUUUAGGAUUUGCUUGUCUUUUUAAAUAAAUAUAUUUUUAAAAAUGUG